CAACUCUCUUCACCACCAGGCAGGUCGUCCAGCCUCACGCUCGUUUCUCCCUUUCCUCACCAUUGUUGCGUCUCUGCAAGCUCGGGUACGGGAGCGCACACAAGCCUUUGAUCACACCUCCGCACCGCUCGACCCGCGCAGCGCGUCUGGGCAUGUCGUUGCGGCGAGUCGCAUCGCUGAGCUAGCUCUUCCAAACCCCCCCCCCCCCGUGUCUCCCGCGCGACACACAUGCAGCGUGCCAUGCGCCCGCCAACGGGGUCAGUCUCGGCGGUGGUGCUACGCCUCGCUGCGAAGAACCGGCCACAAGCCCGCAGCUGUCUCUUCGAUGCCUUGCGAUAUGGUCCGCCCGCUCAGGCUCGCGCAAUAUCCAGGCUGCCAAGACCGGCAGGGAGCCGCUCGCCGCCCACGCUCUUCGGCCGCCAAACCCGCGCCAUCUUCUCAGGCAAGCCGCUGCCGCAAGCCAACUCCUGGAUCCUCAAUUUCUGCUACAGGGCCGCCGCCUGGGUUGGCAUCUCCAUUACCGUCGUUGGCGUCGGUGUCCUUGGCUUCUUUCUCUACGACGCUAGCACCUACAAGGAGCAUGCCACCCAGAGCGAUAUUGACGUCUCCCAGCUGGCGCUCCAGCCACGCCGCGGCGGACCAAAGAACCUGCCAAUUGCCGAGGUCUUCAUCGACGACGACGACUGCGACGAGAAGAAGCGCACCAAGAACAAGCCCAAGCUCGUCGUACUCGGUGGCGGCUGGGGCGGUGUUGCUCUGCUCAAGGAGCUGAACCCCGAUGACUAUCACGUCACGGUCAUCUCCCCAACCAACUACUUCCUCUUCACACCCAUGCUACCCUCGGCCACGGUAGGGACACUCGAGCUUCGUUCUCUUGUCGAGCCCAUUCGCCGCAUCCUAAGUCGUGUUCACGGACACUUUGUCCGCGCCAAGGCAGAAGACAUCAGCUUCUCCGACAAGCUCAUCGAGGUAUCCCAAUUAGACCACAAGGGCAACGAAGUGCGCUUCUACGUGCCCUACGACAAGCUUGUGAUUGCCGUCGGCUCAGUCACCAACCCGCAUGGAGUCAAGGGACUCGAAAACGCGUUUUUCCUCAAGGACAUCGACGACGCCCGCAAGAUCCGCAACAAGGUCAUACACAACCUCGAGCUCGCAUGUCUCCCAACCACGCCCGACGAUGAGCGCCGCCGUCUCCUUUCCUUUGUCAUAAGCGGAGGUGGCCCCACGGGCGUUGAGUUUGCCGCCGAGUUGUAUGACCUGCUCAACGAAGAUCUGACCCGCCAUUUCCCGCGCUUGCUGAGAAACGAGAUCUCUGUCCAUCUCAUCCAGAGUCGGAGUCAUAUCCUCAACACGUAUGACGAGACCGUAUCAAAGUAUGCCGAGGAGCGCUUUGCUCGCGACCAAGUGGGAGUCCUCACCAACUCGAGGGUGAAGGAGGUGCAGCCUGACAAGAUCAUUUUCACGCAAAAGCAAGAGGAUGGAAGCCUCGUCACCAAGGAACUGCCAAUUGGCUUCUGCUUGUGGUCUACCGGUGUCUCGCCCACUGCUCUUGGCCAGAAGCUGUCGCGCAAGCUUGGGGAUUUCCAGACGAACCGUCACGCCCUAGAGACAGACACCCACUUACGCCUAAAUGGCACUCCGCUGGGCGAUGUCUACGCCAUUGGGGAUUGCUCCACGGUUCAGAACAAUGUCGCUGAUCAUAUCAUCACCUUUUUGCGGGCUCUCGCCUGGAAGCGAGGCAAGGAUCCAGAGACUCUGCAGCUACACUUCAGUGACUGGCGUCAGGUCGCUCAAGACGUCAAGAAGCGUUUUCCUCAAGCCAUCAACCAUUUAAAGCGCCUGGACAAGCUUUUCGCCGAGUUCGACAAGGAUCAGUCUGGCACGCUUGACUUCGGCGAGCUGCGCGAGCUGUUGAAGCAGAUCGACAGCAAGCUGACGUCCCUGCCAGCCACGGCACAGCGAGCUCACCAGCAAGGGCAUUACUUGGCGCAGAAGUUCAACAAGCUGGCCCGCCUGUCGGAAGGCCUGUCCGCCAACGACAUCCGCGAGGGUGACGUGGAUGCGGCAGUGUACAAGGCAUUCGAGUACCACCAUUUGGGUAGCUUGGCAUACAUUGGGAACUCUGCCGUGUUCGACCUCGGCGAGGGAUGGAGCGUGGCUGGCGGUCUUUGGGCAGUGUACGCCUGGCGGUCCGUCUACUUUGCGCAGAGCGUGAGCUUCCGGACCCGGUCGCUGAUGGCCAUGGACUGGGCUAAGAGAGGCCUGUUUGGACGAGAUUUGAUGAGCUUCUGAGCACGCAUUUGUGGGCUGGACCCGAUGGGAACAUAGAAUCAUGAAAGACCCAGCUGCUUGACGGCGAGCAGACAUGAUUGCUGGGUGUUGUACUUGCGACGAUAUACUAGAUGCACGGUACUGUAGCGCGAGUUCACGGCCCCAAAUACAGAUCAACAGAACAGAGGGUGGGCGACCGAUCUCAGCCGCUUGUCUCUCAUGUUUCCAGGAACAACGCCAGCUAUGAACUGAGCCACUAUAAUACGAAAUCCUUGUGUGUCCA